CAUGCAGCUCCCAGUCCCCACGGAGUGCAGCCCUGAAGGAUGUCCCAGCUCUCCUCCACGCUGAAGCGCUACACAGAAUCGGCCCGCUACACAGAUGCCCCUUACGCCAAAUCAGGCUAUGGCACCUACACCCCGUCUUCCUACGGGGCCAACCUGGCCGCCUCCUUCCUGGAGAGGGAGAAGCGUGGUUUCAAACCUGGGCCCCCAGCCAGCUUCCUCACUCGGCCCAGUACCUAUGGCCCCUCCUCCAUCCUGGACUAUGACAGGGGCCGCGCCCUGCUGAGACCAGACAUCAUCGGGGGUGGUAAGAAGGCAGAGAGCCAGACUCGGGGCACUGAGCGGCCCACAGGGAGUGGACUCAGCGGGGGCAGUGUAUUCCCUUAUGGAGUAACCAACAGCUCCCUCAGCUACCUGCCCAUGAAUGCCCGCAACCAGGGGAUAACCCUGACCCAGAAGAAGUCGAACAGUCAGUUAGACCUGGCCAGGGAUUUCUCCAGCCUACGGACCUCAGAUAGCUACCGGAUAGACCCUGGGCACCUGGGCCGCAGCCCCAUGCUGGCCCGUACACGCAAGGAGCUGUGUGCCCUGCAGGGGCUCUACCAGGCAGCCAGCCGCUCGGAGUACCUGGCGGACUACCUGGAGAACUAUGGUUGCAAGGGCAGCACACCUCAGGGCCUCACCCAGGCCCCUCCCUCACGAGUCCCUGAAGUCCUCAGCCCCACCUACCGACCCAGUGGCCGUUACACUCUGUGGGAGAAGGGUAAGGGCCAGGCCCCUGGGCCCAGCUGCUCCAGCUCCCCAGGGCGAGACACAAUGAAUUCUAAGAGUGCCCAGGGUCUGGCUGGUCUUCGAAACCUUGGGAACACGUGCUUCAUGAACUCCAUUCUGCAGUGCUUGAGCAAUACCCGGGAGCUGAGAGACUAUUGCCUCCAGAGGCUCUACAUGCGGGAUCUCAGCCACAGUAGCAAUGCACACACGGCCCUCAUGGAAGAGUUUGCAAAACUAAUCCAAACCAUAUGGACUUCAUCUCUCAAUGACGUGGUGAGCCCAUCUGAGUUCAAGACCCAGAUCCAGAGAUAUGCACCGCGCUUCGUUGGCUAUAAUCAACAGGAUGCUCAGGAGUUCCUUCGCUUUCUUCUGGAUGGGCUCCACAAUGAGGUAAACCGAGUAACAGUGAGGCCUAAGUCCAACCCCGAGAACCUCGAUCAUCUGCCGGAGGACGAGAAGGGACGGCAGAUGUGGAGGAGAUACCUCGAACGGGAGGACAGCCGGAUCGGGGAUCUCUUUGUUGGGCAGCUGAAGAGCUCCCUGACGUGUACUGACUGUGGUUACUGUUCUACAGUCUUUGAUCCCUUCUGGGACCUCUCACUGCCCAUUGCUAAGCGGGGUUAUCCUGAGGUGACUUUAACGGACUGCAUGCGGCUCUUCACCAAAGAGGACGUGCUUGAUGGUGACGAGAAGCCUACAUGCUGUCGCUGCCGAGCCAGAAAACGGUGUAUAAAGAAGUUCUCCAUCCAGAGGUUCCCAAAGAUUUUGGUGCUUCAUCUGAAACGGUUCUCAGAAUCCAGGAUACGUACCAGCAAGCUCACAACAUUUGUGAGUUUCCCACUGAGAGACCUGGACUUGAGAGAAUUUGCUUCAGAAAACACCAACCAUGCUGUUUACAACCUGUAUGCUGUGUCCAAUCACUCUGGAACCACCAUGGGCGGCCAUUAUACAGCCUACUGCCGGAGCCCAGCGACAGGCGAAUGGCACACUUUCAAUGACUCCAGUGUCACACCCAUGUCCUCCAGCCAAGUGCGCACCAGUGACGCCUAUUUGCUCUUCUACGAAUUGGCCAGUCCACCCUCCCGUAUGUAGCAGCAAAGAGCUACAUACCUUUCUCCCUUCCCCAUGGUGGCCCCACACCCUAAGUUUUUUUAAAAAAAAAACAAAAAAAAAAACAAAAAAACUGACAAAUAAGAGAAAAAUAAAGUAAACUAAAGCUGCCGAGCAGGAGUCGCUGCAGCCUGGUCUGGGUCUGGAGCCGGGAGCCAGGUGGUCCUGAGCCACACCUGGCAGUGAAGAUCAGCAGGACAUGGAGACCAGAGCCAGCACAGUGCCCCUCGGCUUCUCUUGUUUGCAUUUUUAAGCUUGUGGUUUUUUCUUGAGUGUAACAAACGGCCGCGUGUGGGGAGGAGGGCCUCACCCGCUGCUGCCCACUCCACCCCGCUCCUCCCAAGAAGACAGCGCCCUCUGGAGCCUGCUGGGAGGAUUGCUGCCUGGAAGCCGCGCCUGAGCCUCGACCCUGCUCACUGGCCCAGAAGAAGCAAGAAGAACACCCAUGAGCCAAGAGCCCUCAACGCUGCUAACUCCAGGGGAGCAGACCAGGGGACAUCUUUGAAAAAAGUUGUUUUUGGUUUUUAAAAGCCCAGUUUUUUUUAAUGACCCUAACUAAAGUUUUCAGACUGGAGAUACUCUCCACACCUCUUCACAGCUAAGAUGUGCUGUUCAGUUGUUUUUUAACUCUUCAGAUAUACCUUUUCUAAUGCUGGCCCCAUGUGCUAGGUAGCUGUUGUCUCUCCCCAAGCACAGCCACAGUAGACCUGGGAUCCAACAAGUUUUGGUUUUUUGUUUUUAGGGUUUUUGUUGUUUUUUUCCUUUUUUUUUAAUGUUUUGGAUGGAAUCUACUUGCCUCUAAGAAUUGUGCCUUAUAGCAUUUGGGGACCAGGGGGUAACUAUCCCUCCCUGAAAUAUCCCUCCGCCACUUCCCUUUUCCCCAUGCCGUGUUCAGACUGGCUGGAGGAGAUAGGGGUUAUGCCCUUCGCCCCGGCUUGUCUGCAUGCAGUGAGAUGAAAAGGAAAGUAGGUAGAAGGAUAUUUCUUACAGGCAUCACAGUCUUCCUGCCCGCUUCCUCUAACCCACCCCUGGUCUACUCCCCAGCUGUUUGAAGGAUAGCACAAGCCUCUUACCCCUAGAGCUUCUCUCACCUUUAAUUUAUUCCCUCUUAACAUGCUUUUUCUCCCUGACCCUCCUUCCCCCACCCCCACCUUCUCAGAGCCUCCUGACUGAGUUUCUCAGGGAUGCCCAUGCUGCCCUUCAGCUCCCCUUGGCAUCAGUCUUCAGUCCUGCCCUGGGAGCUGGCAUCUGAGUGUUUUGAGACAUCUUGCCUCAGCCCAAUGAUUUUUUCCCAUGUGCAUGAUUUUUGCUCUAAGUAGUUGGGCAAACUUCCGUGCUGACCCAGGGAGUGAAGCUGCUCAGCGUCAAGGCAAGGAGCUCUGCAUGGAGCUCUUCGCACCACACAGCUGACCUGGCUUGUGCCCCUCGGAGCCUGGAGCUUUCCAGUACUCCCAGGACGAGGCAUCAGAGAAACACCCCAAGUUAACUGGCCUGACACCCUUCUCCAGGAAAGACCUGUGAGCCUGAGCCAAAGGGCUGGUGUACACGUGUUUACUGUGUAAGCAAGAGUAGAACAUCUGAUGUACAGUGGAACCUUGUACAGAAUAAAUAAUAGCUUUGAGAAAUACA